AAAGGCAGGAAACAAACAGAGCGCAAGGACUGGUUGUUUCAGGUUGUUUUGAUCCAAUUUCACUGAACACACUCGGAACUCCGUCUCAAAUUACCAAAACACCCCACACAGAAUCCAGCACAACAUUCGCUAAUAAAUCCCCAGAUUUUCGUACCAGGCUCUGAAAACCGAAAGCUUUUCCAGUUUUGAGCUUGGAGAGAUGUUGAUGGGUCAUACAGAUGGUCUUUCUGAAUCUCGGUCAUCGAGGGAUCAGCUACUUCCUUAUGCUGAAUCUGACUUAGGGGAUGAUGACACUGCAGACUGUUCUGAGCCAAUACUGUACUCAGCCUCCUUUGAAGAGCUUGCCAAAAAUAUCGUUAAGUAUGACACCGUUAUAUGGUUCUCAAUAUCAUUGAUGCUGGUUUUAGCUUGGGGAGUUGGCAUCAUCAUGCUGUUAUAUCUACCCUUUAAGAGAUAUAUUCUCCAGAAGGACAUCUCCUCCCGCAAGCUAUAUGUUACACCUAGUGAAAUAGUCUACAAGGUGUCAAGGCCUUCUUAUGUACCCUUUUUGGGCAUCACUACAAUUGAGAGGCAUGUGCCCCUUUCCCUGGUGAUUGACAUCAUUAUUGAACAAGGUUGUUUGCAGUCAAAAUAUGGACUUCAUACCUUUCGAAUUGAAAGUAUAGCACGUGGAAAAGCUGCAGCUGUUGAUGAACUACAGGUUCAAGGGGUUUCUAACCCUAGUGAUUUGAGGAAGGUCAUCAUCUCAGAAGCUUCAAAAGUUAUACAAGAUAGCAGUAUAAGUUGGAAGCCUACUACUGUCACUGCAGAAGGGGAAAGCAUAGCUGGUACUCCAUCCGUGACUGAAGCACCAAUUCUGAGAUCACCAGCUAAAAGCGUAAAGAUGGCAGCUUCACCACGCUAUGCUUCAAUAGAACGCAGAAGCAUACUACCCAGUGAAUUGCUGCUUAAUAGACUUGAAGAAGUCAAUAAAUCUGUAAAGAAAAUCGAGUUUUUAAUAGAGAAGUCACAUACUCAACCUGAGUAAGAGCGGCUGAAUUGAAGUUGGAUAUAAGUUUGCAGUGGAUUACUUUGACGAACCACAACCAAAUGGUGGAAAGAACCAAAAAAAAGAAGAAAAAAGUAGAUAAUUCUGCAUUUGUCUGUAAGUCUGUAACUAGUGAUGAAGUAGGAUACUAAUAUACCUUGGUUUCGCUUUAGUAGCUGUCUAGGAUGUUGAAAUGUUAAAAACUACAUAAUUCCCUUUUGUUUUCCUAGAGGUCGAAAUGUCAAAUUUCCAAUGAAGUUUGCUAUUGAGCGUGAUAUUGUUGAGGGACGAAA